AUGCUAGCGUACGACAAAAUUGUGCUGUUUGGCGACUCGCUGAUCCAGUUUUCAGUUGGCGACGGCGGUCUCACCCCCUGUCUCAUGAACCACUACCAGCGGCAGCUGGACAUCCUUGUGCGCGGCUUCUCGGGGUACAAUACAGAGUGGUGCAAGGACAUGCUACAGCCUGUCCUCGAAGGUGUGGGACCGGGGAAAAUAGCUGCAGUCGUGAUUUUUCUUGGCACCAACGAUGCUGCCGCACAGGGCUCCCUACAGCACGUCAGCGUCGAGCAGUACCAGGCCAAUCUUCAGCACAUGGCCGAGGUUGCUGCCCAGUUCACGUCCAAGGUAGUUCUCGUCGGCACAGCGAUCAUGGAUGAGAAAAACCCGGCCCAGGAGCCCGGUCUGCGCACCAACCACAGCCUGUUCAAUUACGGCCGUGCAUGCCGCAGGGUGGCCAACGACCUUGGGAUUCCGUUCGUUGACCUUGCUAGCGAAAUCUACAAAAGCCUAGGGGUGUCUGACUACAAUGCUGCCAUGCCCGGGGAUGCAGACUACACGGGCGAGAUCAGUGUCGACGGGCUGGUUCCUGACGGCCUGCACUUUUCCGCGGACGCCUACAAGAUCUUUUUUGAUGCUCUGCUGCGGGCCCUCGAUAUCCCGGCGGAGCAAACAGUGAUGCCUCCAUGGCGGUCAAUUUCGGGCGCUCACGAUAUCAAGUAUGCACGGACUGUGCUUGAGCGCCGAACCCCGUGA